CCUAGCUGUGAACUCAACUUUAACCCUUGCCCCGCCCACUCAGUUGACACGCGUGUUGCCUGUUUGCAAGCAUGGCAUCUUCUGCUAAGAGGAGAGCAGUCGGCUUGGGUGAAAAUCCUGAGGACAGUGAAAACAGCUCCGAUGAAAAUCCGGAGGAAGAUGAUGAUUCCUUGGAGGAGGACAGCGAGGCAUCAGAGGAGGAGAUCAACGAGGAGGUCAUGGUCGACUUUGAAGCCCACACCAUUUCAGGCAACGACUUUAAUGGUGUCAAGAAACUCCUACAGCAGCUCUUCCUGAAGGCUCAUGUGAACACAUCAGAGAUGACAGACAUCAUCAUUCAACAGAAUCAUGUUGGAAGUGUCAUCAAGCAAGCUGAGGUGCCAGAAGACAGCGAUGAUGACGACCCAGAUGAAGUGUUUGGCUUCAUCUCUAUGCUCAACCUUACAGAGAGAAAGGGAGUGCAAUGUGUGGAGGAGGUAAAGGAGAUGAUUGUGGAGCAGUGUGAGAAGAAUGCCACCCACAGCGUGACGGAGCAGCUGGAGCUGAUCCUCAGUGACACCACCAAGCCUGUGGGUCUACUGCUGAGUGAGCGCUUCAUUAACGUGCCCCCACAAAUCGCUCUUCCACUGCACAAACAGCUCCAGGAGGAAAUAGCUGAAGCUCAUAGGACCAAUAAGCCCAGUGGGAAGUGUCACUAUUGUCUGAUGAUCAGCAAGACCUGCAAAGAGGCAAGCAAGACUAUUCCAGCCAGAGGAGGAGCUCCCAAAGAGGAAUAUCUGUUUGUCAAUGCAGAGGAGGAAUUCUUCUAUGAGCAAGCCAUCGUGAAGUUCCACUACUCCGUCCAGGAAGAGGCAGACUCCUGUUUGAGCGGCAGGUGGUCGUUCGAUGACACACCCAUGAAACCUUUCAGGACAGUGAUGCUGAUACCGACAGACAGGAUGCCUGCUAUUAUGGACAAACUCAAAGAAUACCUAACUGUGUGAAUGUCACAAUAAACUAAGACACCCAUA